AAGCUGGUUUAGAGGGAACAAUACGGCGUCGUUAUUUCUGUCCCGCAUCUCAACUCUGCAAUUCCCGAAUCUCAAACCCUAACCCUACCUCGGGGCGCUUCUGCGAAUCCAAAUCCCCAUAUUCCUAUCCUUCGUUGAUCGCCAAUGGACUCUUUGCUAGCGAACUAUGCCUCAUCAGAGGAAGAUGAAGAAGAAUCAUCGCAACAGCAGAAUCACCGACCCUCAAAUGGAAACUCCGACGACGACGAUAUUUUAUCUGUUGCCAAUAAGCCUUCCUCAGUGUUUUCUCUCCCGCCACCAAAAUCAUCUUCCUCCUUGUUUUCUCUUCCGCCACCAAAAUCAUCUUCCUCUAUACUUUCUUCACUUCCUGCUCCCAAGGCAUUCGGAGCAAACCCCCUUAACCUCCCGACUCCCUUGGCUUCUUCGGAACCUAAACCCAAAAAGGUUGUUCAAUUUAAGCCGCCAGUCUUUUCUUCCGGGAUUAAGGAUACUAUUGUUGAUGAUGAUGAGGAUGAGGAGAAAGAAAAACGAAGAAAAGGAUCCGAUCCUGCGUUGCAGGCUCCGUCUGCUGGGAAGAGUUUGUUAUGGAGCUUGCCCGCGCCAAAGAGCUCGGGUACAUUGGGAGCUUUGCCCCUUGGUUCUGGCACUAGUAGACGGUCCAUUCUCGAAGCCAAUGUGCCUGCUGCUGCUUCUAAUGAAGCCCAAUCUGUUCAAGGAUCAACAGUGAGCUCCUCUGGAGGGUAUCAAUCCGAAUAUGUGGAUCCUGUUGGUGGAUAUCAGCAAUGGGGUACAGAGGGUGAGGGUUAUCCCAACUACCAAGGCUAUACUGGAUAUGGUAAUGGUGAUGGCCAGGAUGGCCAGUAUUCUAAUUUGGUUGGACCGAACGGGGAACAGUAUUCAAACUAUGCUUCCAGUUAUGGUGAUUAUGGACAGGUUGAGCAUAAUUGGGUUGAUGGCUCUAAUGCUUCUUCGCAACAACUCCCGGAAGCAGCUGAAAGUGCAUUGAGGUUGACGGGGAAGCGUGGAAGGAAAGAUGCUACACAAGAAAUAGUUGAGGUGAAGCAGGAUGAGUUGAUGAAGAAUCGCCCGAGGGAAGAUCAGGUCAGACUCACCGGGAUUGCUUUUGGGCCAUCAUACAAGCCUGCUUCAACGAAGGGUAAGCCAACGAAACUGCACAAGAGAAAGCAUCAAAUUGGUUCCUUAUAUUUUGAUAUGAGACAAAAGGAGACUGAACUUGCAGAGAGGCGUGCUAGAGGGAUGCUUACCAAAGCUCAAACACAGGGGAAGUAUGGAUGGUGAAAAUUUGAAAUUGUCUUCUUCAUCUUAUAAUGUGGCCACCUUUAUUUCCCCCUUCUCUGUAACUAGAUCCUUGUUGAAUUUUCAAGUGAUUUCACUUCAGUGUUAGUUUUCCCCCCAUAUACAGAAGUGUGUGGUUCCACCUCCGCAUUCUCUAUACAACUUCUUUAUUUUAAGGCUUCUCUAUGCCAAAGCUGUAUGCCUUUUAUUUGCAUCCAAGUUAGUUAUGCCUACUGUAUUCCUCUU